UGGCGUCUGCAGAGCACGGAAUCCGACCCUAGAGCCUGGGCUCCCGGCUGCUGGAAGCAUGGUGGACUCUCCCAGGGAGGGGAAGCUGGCCCGGUCUCCGGACUUCGUCCAGCUGAUCGACAUGGCGUCCGAGUCCGUGGGAGGCAAGAUUUUGUUUGCAACAGAUGACUUUUUUGCUCCUGCAGAAAACCUGAUAAAGAGUGACAGCCCGCGGUUUGAAGAGCAUAAACACACUGAGUUUGGCAGAUGGAUGGACGGAUGGGAGACCAGGCGCAGGAGGACUCCGGGUCACGACUGGUGCAUCGUCAGGCUCGGGGUCCAGGGCCUGAUCCGGGGCCUGGACGUGGACAUUUCCUACUUCACGGGAGGCUACGCCCCUCGGAUUUCAAUCCAAGCAGCAAACCUGGAAGAAGAUAAAGAACCAGCGAUGCCCCCGAGAGGAGUCAGGAUGGGAGUGGCUGCCACCGCCGAGGAGCUGGACGCCGUCGCUAAGCUGCAGUCCAGCGACUGGGACUACUUGGUCCCCAGGACAGAGCUGAGACCCGGGAAGCCUGCUUCCGGCCACAACUACUUCCUGGUUCAUUCCCAGCAGAAAUGGACCCACGUCAGACUCAACAUUUUCCCAGACGGUGGGGUCGCGCGCCUCCGGGUGUACGGCGUCGGACACAAGGACUGGGCGUCCGCCGACCCCACAGAGCCGGUGGACCUGGUGGCCAUGGCCAGCGGGGGCGCCUGCGUGGGGUUCAGCAACGCCCAUUUCGGGCACCCCAACAAGAUGAUAGGUGAGAAGACGCCCAGGGCUGGCGUUUAUCCGGGUGUCCGGGCACCAGGGGAGACCCCCAGUGUGAGCGACGAGACCGGCGCCCUCCUCGUCCUCGGUGGCGAGUGGGCUGUUUUCCGCCUCUCACACCCUGGAGUGGUGACCCAAGUGGAAAUCGACACGACGCAUUUUGAAGGAGACUUCGAUGCUGCUCAACCCCUGAGCCACGCCGGCCGGGCCAGUGGGUUAACCGUGAACACCACGUCCCGGGGGCGUGCGUCAUGGUGUCGCCUGGCUCCCUCCCCUCCCCGCAGAGCUCUGGGAGCCACGUGCUUAUCCGUGGAAGCCUUUCAUUUUCUGAGGCCCCCCCGCCCCAGGGCUGCGCUGGGCCGUCUGCCCCUGGGGUCUCAGGGCCUCGCCGUCUCCCAGCUCUCUCCCAACACAGCCCAGGUGUUCGACAGCCUGACGCCGGAGCUGCAGGACGUGGUCACCCACGUGCGACUCACUAUCUGCCCGGACGGGGGCGUCGGCCGCCUGCGGCUCCGGGGCUUCCCCAGCUCCAUCUGCCUCCUGCGGCCGCGGGACAAGCCCAUGAUGAGGUUCUCGGUGAAGGCGGGGUUCCGGUCCAGCCUGUAGCCCCGCAGCCGCCGGCCGACACAGUGACCGAGUCGCCGUCUUUGAAGUGUUUUCAGCACCUGCACCUUCAGAAGCUUCCGGCAAUUAAUCUCAGAUCGGUAGCAUUC